UUCUGGAAGCUUUACUCUGUGGCGAUACGCUCGUUGCUGCGUCAGACUUGAGACAACAUUACGAUGAUUUAAUAACUGUAGAUCAACAAACUCAAAUCGCACCAGUACAAGAAGAAUUUGAGACCCUGAAUGUCAUGACGCCGAAAUUAAAAGACGAGGAAUGUGAAGUGGCAAGGUUACCGAGAAAUCGUGAACGAAACAGAUAUAUGGAUGUCUUGCCAUCAGACAGAUUAAUGCCGUAUCUUGUAACACCACAUCCCACUGAUCCUGACUCGAAUUAUAUAAACGCCAUAUUUACAGAUAGUUACGCAAAAAGAAACGCCUUCAUUGUGACCCAAACUCCCCUGCCAAACACAGUCAUUGAUUUCUGGAGAUUGGUUUAUGACUAUAAUUGUACUUCUGUUAUUAUGAUGGAUGAUCUCGGAGGACAAGAACCAACUUGCUGUCAAUAUUGGCCAGACAACGGAACUGCUGUAUUCGGAUCUUUUACUGUUGAAUUAAGUCAAAUAGAGGAUGAAGUUGAUUUUACGACGAGAAUAUUGAAAAUACAGAAUAUGAAUAGACCGAAUGAAGCACCAAGAAUGGUUAAACAGUUCCAACUGACCAAUUGGCCAGAGAACCAGCCAGUGCCAUAUACAAGAAAUGCUGUGUUGAGGGUGAUUCAACUGGUAACAAAAUGGCAAACAGAAAACAAUACUCCUAUUGCUUCUACGAAAGAUGAAGGAAGAAUGCUGGUUCAUUGUCUAGCCGGCGCUGGAAGGAGCGGUACAUUCGUAGCAUGUUAUAAUAUGUGCAUGCAAUUACGACAAGAAUUUGCAGUCGAUGUUUUUAAUAUUGUUCAACGAUUAAGAAACAUUCGUCCACAGCUUGUUGAAACACUGGAACAAUACAGAUUCUGUUAUGAAGUCGGAUGGGAUUUCGCUGACCAGUGAUCUACUUUUUAAAAACUGCCACUGCAUGGCCAUGACAAAAUUAAGUUCGGACAAAUACACGCUAUUGAUAUAUCAAGCUUGACCAGAAGUAGUUCAUUGGGUUCCUUGUGGACAAACAAGCCACCAUCAUCACUCAAAUUCAAAUACAACUCACUCCAAUCAGUAACUUUUUUAGACGAGACCCCCGACUAAAACAUUUUUUUCAUUUUUAAUCAUUUUUUGCUUUUUUGGUGCUUUAAUUUGCAGUUUCUUUAUUUUCUCUUAUUAAUAUUAUUAUCAGAUGCUGUUAAAUCAUCAAUUUUUAAUGAUUUUUUUUUUUCAAUUUUUUUUUGUUGUAAAAACGUCUCACAUCAUGUUUAGGGUUGUCUUUGGAUGAACUAGUACUUUAGUACUUCUGAUGCAUGUAAUGCAGAAAGUAUAAUAAUUUAAAAUUAUUAUUAAAAACUGGUAGUAUGGACAUCUAUCGUCUUUCCUAUUGUAUGUAAUGCAAAAGAAUAUCCAAUUAUGUAUGUAUGAUAGAAAAUGAUAAUUGUGUUGAGAAUUGAUUUCAUUACAUCUGUGAAAUUUUUUUAAGUGAAAUUGAUACGUUAAAAAUUUCAAAAUUGGAUUUAAUAUUCACUUGAAAUUUUAGUUACUAAUUGUUCGAUCAUCUGCGCUCAUUUCAUUUUGAUGAUUU